UUUCAGGUAAAAAAUGGAACAUUUUUAAGGACUGGAGAGCUGCAAUAUAUUACAUUGUUUGGUUUCACCACUUUCCCUCCAGAGGAUUUACCCCCCAUCCUGACCAGGCCAUUAUUUGUGAUACGGCGCUGCGUUACUUUAACUGACAAUUGCGCGGUCAUGCAAUGCAGCACCCAAAUGAAAUUUACGUCCUUUUUUCCCACAAAUGCAGCUUUCUUUCAGUGGUAUUUGAUCGCAUCUGCAUAUUUUUUGUGCGCUAUAAUCAAA